AAUAACAGACCAGGACCCAUUUCAUGGAUUCCUUCCUACUUGCAGCACAACUUCCAUUACCCCAUCUCUUUCUUCACACUCCUCCUUCAUAAUCUCUUUUCCACUCACCUUUGUUUGUCUAAUUACUCAAUUGAUGAUGAACCAAAGUUCACAUAACUGCAAGACUUAUUUACUAAUGUGUUGCUGUUCUUGAUGAACAUCACUUCUCCCAUCAUGGAUUCUCUCUCUUUCCAAGGUUUUGUACUUGAUCCCUCAAAGUGUAGCAAAUUGAGUAUGGAAGAAAAGAGAGAACUCGUAUACGAAGUAUCCGCAUGUUCUCACGGUUCACCCGAGCUCCUACAAUCGUGGAGCCGUCAAGAAAUUCUUCAAAUCCUCUGUGCCGAAAUGGGAAAAGAAAGAAAGUAUACCGGAUUAACAAAACUGAAAAUCAUCGAACAACUUCUAAAAAUAGUUUCCAAAAAAAGAUCACAAGAUGAUAUUAUCACAAAUGUUGAAUCAUCAGGAAGUGAUCAUCAAAGCUCUGUCAAAAGACACAGGAAAUCUGAUCAUCCUAACCGUCUAAACGUUGCAUCGGAUCAAAACUACAUCGAUUUAGUUGAUAGUGACGUUGAGUUUUGCAAGAACUCGGCUUGUAAAGCUAAGUUAGUUCAAGAUGGGGCGUUUUGUAAACGGUGUUCUUGUUGUAUUUGCCAUCAAUAUGAUGACAAUAAGGAUCCGAGUUUAUGGUUGACUUGCAGUUCGGAUUUUUGUGGGAUGUCGUGUCAUCUUGAAUGUGCGAUAAAACAUGAAAAAUCUGGAACUCCGAAAGAUGGGAAGAAUAGAGGACUUGAUGGGAGCUUCUAUUGUGUAUCAUGUGGUGAAGUGAAUGAUAUACUUGAAUGUUGGAGAAAACAAAUGACAAUAGCAAGGGACACAAGGCGGGUUGAUAUCUUAUGUUAUCGCGUAUCUUUAAGCCAAAAGUUGUUGGCCGGGACCGUACAAUACCAAAAGCUUCAUGGAAUUGUAAAUGAAGCAAUGGAGAAACUCGAAGCGGAUGUGGGCCCGUUGACUGGCUUGCCAGUCAAACGGGCCAGAGGUAUAGUCAACAGGCUCUCUUCAGGACAAGAGGUUCAAAAACUAUGUGCUUUUGCGGUUGAAUCUGUCGAUUCAGUUCUAUCUGACCCAAAGUUUAGUGGUCCCAGCAUCUUGACCCGAAUCAUCAAAUUCGAAAACGUCUCUCCCACAUCAAUUUCGGUGAUUCUGGAUUCCCAAGAUCAACCUUUUACUGAUAACAUAAGGACACAUAGAUACAUAAUGUGGCAUCGCAAAGCCGAAGAUACAGAUUACCCUACAAAACCUACGUGUUCAUUGUUUGCAGAAACCGGUACCAAGUUCUUACUCUCGGCUCUAACUCCAUCAACACAUUACAUUCUAAAGGUCGUUCACUUUGAGAGCACUAGUGAACUCGAAAGCAAAGAAAUCACGUUUCACACAAGCACCGAUAACGAGAAAAGCACGCCAACCGAUUCUAGUACCCUUUCAAACCCAUCUUCAGUUGAUGAUGAACACAACAAUAUUGUUAACAAGCAGAAGGACAAAGAGCAGGCUGCAAAAACUUCAAAAGAUGAUGAAAACAAUGAUAAAGAUUUUAACCCUUUUACCCCCUCUACUUUUGCUAAAUUACCCAUGACCCCCUGCAAGUCGGAAAGCGUAAAAGAUUCAAUCUUGGCAAGAAAAACUCGAACAAAAGCUUCAAAACCGAAUCUUGAUAACGGGUCUGAAGAUGAACAAGAUGGAUCGGAUGGUCAGGAUUUCGGGUACUAUGUGAAAGUGAUCCGAGGGUUAGAAUGCGAAGGACAUAUAGAUACCGGUUUUCGGAAGAAGUUUCUCACUUGGUACAGUUUGAGGGCAAGUCAACAAGAGGUUAGAAUAGUCAAAGUAUUUGUAGAUACUUUAGUGGAGGAUCCAGCUUCACUUGCAGGGCAGCUUGUGGAUACUUUCUCUCAAGUGAUCACAAGCAAUACAUGUUCUUCAACAGGACUUUGCCUCAAGCUUUUCCAUUGAAUUGAAAUUUGAAAUGAAACAAGGUUUGAAGAGUCUAAUUUGGAUUAUUUAAUAAGUUAUAUUAUUAUUUAUGUUCUUAAUUUAGAAUGUAAUUAUUCAACAUUGAUAAUAGUAUUGUUGGCCAAUCUUUAUUGAUA